AUGGCGGCAAUCAUCUCCCAGUCGUCCACGGCAGCCUGUACUCACUGGUAAAGAACGAACUGGGAGCCACCGUUUUUUUCUUCCGGUCGAUCCUCCGCCUUGUUUUCUCCUCCCCCCUUUUCGAAGACCAAUUUGUCGAUGGAGGGAGCGUUUUGGGGUUGAUGACGCUGAAUUUGUGCUGAUCCCCAUGAACGUUGAUAAUCUUUUGAUGAUCAAGAACCGACCAAGACGCUCCGAAUCUUUGAGCCCGAGCUUUUCACGAUCCGUUAAAUGGAACCUAAUAUCCGGGGUGCGAGUUGCAGGAAUGUGUAUGUCUUAGGAUGCCAUUCGUAGAACCCUAUUCAAUUCGGAGUAAGAAUCUUUUUUCACCUGGUAGUCCGCUUAUUUGGGAUCUGGGCCACAACUCCAUUUGGAGAGGGAUCCAACAACCACUUUUAUCCUGCCGACGUAUACGAAUUUUUGCGUCUUGUGCGCGUGGGUGUUCUUGCGGCAUCAUCAUUUUUCGCUUAAAUGAUGGGGUUUGAUCUAUAAUUCCAAGGAAAACAUCCCGCUCCUCUUGCCAAAAUAGUAUGAAUGACACGUUAGCGACCACUCACAAAAAAAGAACCGAGGUAUUAAAAAUGCGGCCUUUGGGCGGAAUUUUUUUAUCCAUGUUAUUGGGUGAUUAGAUUUUAUGUCGCGAUCAGUUUUUGGGGCCAGAGUUCCUUGCCUGAUUCACCGGUUUCAUCUCUCGAUUCCAUUUUCAGCGGAAAGGAUAUUCCAACGUCGAAUAUCGAUCUGCAUUAUGUGCAUUGCUUUCGCAACCUUGAGAAAUGUUCUGUUUGUGGAGAAAUGGUCCCGAAGAAACACGCAAGUGAGCACUAUGGCAACAAUCAUGCUCCAGUAUGGUUCUCUGUUCCCUUCAAAUUGAUAUUUGCAUGUUCCUUGGGUGAUAGCUUUCAGUUCUCUAAUCUUGGCUUCUGGGUUUGGGACUCUCCUGAUGCAGACGCUUCUUUCUUGAUAUUGAUCUAUUUUUUAUAUGAUAUUCCUCCUAUAGUUCACCUAUGAAAUGAAUGAAAAAAAUUUAAACGAAUUACUAAUGUGAUGGCUAGAUGGUGAGAAUGGCCGCAACCUCGUCAUAUCUAGACAAAGGGUACCUUGGCUUAAUCAUGUCCUUUUCUUGGGGAGGAGUGGGUAGCCUGUUGUUUUCAAUUGCUUUCUAGAGCAAACGAAGCUGAGCUCGUAGAGCAAACCCACCCCCCCCAGUGGGGUAGAUGAAUCCUCUGAUAGCGGGCUUCUAUGGCACUGUUCUUCUUGUACUCAGUUUCAUCCCUUAGUGGUAGGAAAUCUCAUCGUCUCUGAACACAAUGCAAUGACGGGGGAUGGGGAGUUGGGGAUGCAGAUGGAAUACGACGUAGGUUUCUUCGGGGUACCUUUCCAAAUGGCACUUCACUAUGGUUUAACGAUCCUCUGUCUCGCUGACGGACAGCCAAUGCCCUCCGAAGAAGUUUCAUGGAUGAUGGGUCUGAUAGGUCAAAGCACCUUACAUCAUCCUGCAUUGACCUGACCGAUCAAAGCAACACGUUCGUGCCUCAUCUCACAUCGAAAUGCACAGGAUUCUUCAGCAUGGACACUUAUGAUUCUUCGGCACUGGGCAUUUAUGAACACUUUAUUUUUAUUUUUUUAAAACCCACCCACCACACCCAUGCUUAUUAUGCCCAGUAGAGGGCAUAAGAGUUUGGGAUCAAACAUUAUAGAAGGCUUUGGCGGAGUUCUCUCACUCUGGUGAUCAUGUGGUUUGCCAUGCGCAGAGCUAAAGAAAUGUGUAUGUCUGUGGUUGCGCAGUCUAUAUCCAUGUGCACAUGGUGAUCCGUUCUUUUCACCUUGAAUUCCUAAUCUCUCUCUCUGAAACAGAUAGACUGCAUACACUGCGGUGAGGCUGUGGAGCGCAAAAGCUUAGCUCUCCACAGGGGAGAAAGAUGCCCUCAGAGGAUCAUCGCCUGUGAGUACUGUGAGUUCCCGCUGCCUGCAGUUGAUCUCUACAAGCAUCAGGUUCUAUGGAUGUCGGAUCCCCACGUGGAAUUGCUCAGAAAAAAAAAAAAAAAAAAAACUCAAUUCUAAUCUACUUGGGCAUCUGGAUAUCAGGACAUGUGUGGCAACCGAACAGAGUUCUGUGAUGCGUGUGGCCAGUAUGUCAGGCUGUGUCAACGGGCGGAGCAUGAACUGCGGUCGCACAAUCACUCAAACAGUGCCUCAGGAUCUCCCAGGUAGCUUAAAUUUCAUGAAGCAUGGCCGGUUGAUACCAGUUUCUUCUCGUUUCGAUCUCGCUAUGUUUCGUUUCUGUUGAUCUCUAAGCUGCCACUAUUUAGAAGGAAGGCAUCCCUAGUGGCCUGACUUUCUUUCACUUUCACUGGGUUGGCGCCUCCUCUGAAGGGUGGACGGAUCCCCGGGGAGGGAAGGCGGCGAUGCAAAUGGGAGGCGACCGGCCAGCACGUCUCCGGGUCGCAUGAUGCUCACCAUUGCGGUGACUGGAGCUGCCUUUCUGCUGGUCUCCGUCUUCCUUCAGAGGAGAAUCGACGGCUAG